AUGAACUCACCAGCUCAUGCUAUAUACUCAUCCACAUUUAGCUUAAGUUUACAAGGACAUGAAUUUCAACCUCAAUAUGGUGUUCAAUUGAUUUUUAAUAAAGCAACUCAAAGUCUAUUAUUGUGCGCCGCUACAUGUAGUCAAAAUCCAUCAUGUCGGAUUUUUGAUUAUGAUUCAAGUUCACACCGUUGUGGACUGUUCGAAGCGGAUCUUACCAAUGGAGCAAUCAUUACGAUGGCUUCUCAAACGUCUAUUGUUGGCAGUAUGAUACUUUCAGCAUCAUUAUAUGCAUCGAUGUACAAUCAAUCUUGUUCAGCUUGUCAAGGAAAUCGAUAUCAGACUUGUUCAUCGAAUACGAACACGUGUCAAUGUCCAGGGCAUAGUUAUUGGAAUGGUAGCAUGUGUCCAUUACAAUUAUUUGAAAAUGCAACUUGUAGUCAAAUUGAUGCUUGCCGAAGUGAUCUUAAUCUUAGUUGUAUCAUAAAUUCCUAUGGCGAAUUCACUUUAUGUUUAAUAGAACAAGUCCUCACAAACACUAUCGAGAUUGUCUAUGCUGUAUGGAAUACAACUGCAGGUUCUACAAGUAAUCUUGCAUCAAGUGGUACUGGUAUUGGAAAAUACUAUCCGCAACAAGGCCCAGGCAAUCUUUUCGAUCGCAAUACAAAUACUAAAUAUGUGAGCUUUGGUGACUGUAAUAAUAUAACGGCCGGCUCACCCACGUGUGCACAAAACACCGGCUUCUAUCUGACACCACAGAGAGGCGCGUCAUUGCUUGUCGCUUUUCGAUUCGCUACGGCUGAGAGCUAUCCACAGCGUGACCCACUAAUGAUAACCCUUGAAGGAAGUAAUAGUAAUUCUACCGAACUCACUAGAGGAUCAAGCUGGACUUUACUUUACAAUGGCUCCUGUGGCAUUUCCACAAAUCAAAUCCGAUUGACAUAUGGAUCAACACAGUGGUUACCAAAAACUCCAGCAUGGUAUUCUAGCUAUCGAUUUCUGGUUAAUUUAUCCAUGAAUAAUGGGAUAUCUAUCCCAUUCAUACAAUAUUCUGAGGUAGAACUAUUUGGCUACUAA